AGAUAAUAGUCACAACCAUUGUAUUAUUUCGAGCAGCAAUCGCAAAACGAACGACCCCUCAGUGCUCCGUACAGGAGCGCCCGGGGUCUGUUGGGGCCAAAGCAAUAUGGAUUAAGGCCCCCCAAUACCUUUAAGAACCAUGCCACGGGCAAAUACCUAAUACCAGUGAAACUCGCACCUUUGGUGAGAACGAAGACUGAUUGCUUAUUCGCAUCUCCCCACCACGAUUUAUAUCAGAGAUGGCUCGAGACACUUCCUCCGUCGAUGGCCUGGACUCCCAAUCUUUCGAUUUUGUUGUAGUCGGAGGCGGUACAGCUGGACUUGUGAUUGCCAAUCGUCUCACUGAGGACCCUAGUGUCAAAGUUCUCGUCCUUGAAGCUGGUAGCAAUCGUGUUGAUGACCCUCGAAUUUCCGUGCCAGGACUGGCAGCCAGUACCUACUGGGACCCGGAUUUCGACUGGCGCAUCACCAGCCCUCCGCAGGAAGGCCUCAAUGGACGCCAAAUAGCGGAAACUAAGGGCCGUACCCUGGGAGGCUCGUCGGCCAUCAACCUGGGUAUGGUCAUUUAUCCUAGCAAGAGAGACGUCGAUGCGUGGGAAGAGCUGGGGAAUCCAGGAUGGAACUGGGACGCUCUUUCGCAAUACCUCCGGAAAUCUGAGACUUUCACGGCCCCGAAUCCUGCUAUCCGCGAACAACUGUCUCUAGACUAUAUCGAAGAGACGCUUCAGGGAGGAAAUGGACCAAUUCAGAUCUCGUUUGGAGAUGGUCCCUUUCCAACCUUCAUGGCGGCUUGGCCCAAGGUAUUCGAGAACCUCAACCAUAAGCUUACUGGCGAUCCCAUUUCAGGGGUGGCUAAGGGGGCAUUCUGUAAUCCGGCGACUAUCGAUCCGAAGAACAGGACACGAAGUCAUGCUGGUGUCGCCUACUACAACGAAGAAGUUGCGAAACGACCUAACCUACGCGUGGUCACAGAUGCCACUGUUGAGAGAGUUGUCUUGAAGAAAAAUGUUGACGGUACGGUAUCAGCGACUGGCGUGGAGUUUACCGCGAAGGAUGGAGUCCGGAGGACCGCUUCUGCUGCUACUGAAGUCAUUCUUUCUGCCGGAACCAUUAAGACGCCGCACCUGCUAGAGUUAUCCGGGAUUGGAGGAAGCGAGCUCCUAAAGAAGCAUGACAUCGAGGUCAUCGUGGACAACCCGAACGUUGGAGAGAACCUGCAAGAACAUGGUUUUGUGCCUUUUAGCUGGGAGAUUGCAGAGGGACAACAGUCUGGAGAGGCUCUUCGUAUCCCAGAAGUGGCACAGGCUGCUAUGGAUGCUUGGCAACAGCAUUCUGGCGCUGGUCCACUGGGUCUCUGCCCGCUGGCAUCUGCAUUCAUGACGCUGCCCGAACUGCAGGAUGGCGAGAUGAAGGGGCUGGUCAAAAGAUACCUUGAAGACUACCAGUACCCAAGCUUCCCUGGUCAGGAGGUCCAGUAUCGCGUCUUGCGAAAGAUUCUCGAGGAUGAAACAGAACCCUCCGGACAGUAUACAUUGGCGCCGUUCCAGCUUACUCCUGAGAAAGGUCCCACCCCGAAAGACGUUUUCGGAAUGCUUGAGCCAGAAUGCUUCGUCAGUAUUGUCUCUGUGCUCAACCGCCCCUUCUCCCGUGGUCAUGUACACUUAACAUCCAAGGACCCCUAUGACCUUCCCUUGUUCGAUCCGAAAUUCUUCUCUCAUCCUCUCGACCUCGAGAUUCAUGCUAGACAUACGAAGUGGCUGGACACGCUCGCAUCUACGGAGCCAAUGGUCUCUCUGAUAAAGAGUGGCGGCCGUCGUCUGCAUAGCGACAAACCCGUAAUCGACUUAGAUACCGCGCGACAACUGACUAGAGAUCGCCUCGUCCCUCACUACCACCUUGUUGGAACAACAGCAAUGAUGCCUCGCGAGCAGGGCGGCGUCGUGGACGACCGAUUGAAGGUGUACGGCACGAAGAACUUACGAGUAGUUGACGCCGGUAUAAUCCCACUUAUCCCUAGAGGAAACAUCCAGGCGAUAGUCUUUGCCGUUGCUGAGAGGGGAGCGGAUAUCAUAAAGGAAGAUUUGAAGAAGAAGUCUGUGGAAUAAGUUUAUUUUUAAGCUUAUGAUGAUAUCUAUUUCGGACCAAAGUCUAUUAUAUACAGGUAGUAACUAGCUAUAGUCGACUCAUGAAUCGUAUUCCAGCCAUCGCGCUUACUAGAAGCA